AUGUUAGUGUGGAUCAGAGGAACGCUGUCCGGUAAAGGACACGGAGCAGCAGCAGCAGGGGCGACUCUGCUGGGAUGGAGCCCCACGCGGGGCUACCUCACCGUCAUCCCCAAGACCAGGCACCCCGCGGCCCACGUCCGGGUGGUGGACCUCCGCACAGAUUCAGUGACCAAGCCCGGGACCGCGAUGCUCCAGGCCAUGGUGGCGGUCGCGCACAGACAUGAGCUGAUUGGAGAGAACCCGAUAGUUCAUGAGCUCCAGAAAACUGCAGCGGAUAUGUUUGGAAUGGAGGACGCGCUCUUUCUACCCAGUGGAACCAUGGGAAACCUUGUUGCAGUGAUGUCGCACUGCUGGGGGCGGGGCAACAAGAUGAUUGUGGGCGACCUGUCCCAUUUGCACAUAUAUGAGCAGGUGUCAAGUGAACAGGUGGCUGGUGUCCACAGCACCACAGUGACCACGCUCCGUAAUGGAACAUUUGACUUGGACGAGCUGGAAUCAAAGAUCCGCCACGAUGACCCAUUGCUGGCCCGCCCACGGCUCAUAUGUUUGGAGAACUCACACAACAUACAGGGAGGACGUGUGUUGCCUCUGACCUUCUUGCAGGAGGUUCGUGCUUUGGCAGACAGAUACGGGCUGUCGGUUCACAUGGACGGAGCCAGGCUAUUGAACGCUGCCGUGGCCCAGGGAGUGCCUCCACACACAAUACUGCAGCACACACACUCCGUCACUUUGUGCCUUAACAAGGGUUUGGGUGCCCCUGUGGGUUCCGUGCUGGCUGGAUCCAAAGACUUCAUCAACCGAGCGGUACGGGCGAGAAAUGCCCUUGGUGGGCGGAUGGGCCAGAUUAGUGUUCUAGCAGCAGCUGGAAGAGUGUCUUUACUGGAUAUGGUGGGACGACUGGAAGAGGAUCACCGCAACGCAAAAACCUUUGCUCAAGCUCUGCUCGACUGUGACCCCCCUCUAUUUGCUGUCGACAUGGCGUCUGUGGAGACAAACAUCGUGGUUUUCCGGCUCAGGGAGCCCAGUUUGAGUCCGUCUGAGUUCUGCGCCCACAUGGUUCAGGUCGGAGAGGGGGAGGAGGCUGCACUGGGACAAGUGGUACAGGUUGCGAUGAUUCCUUUCUUUGGAAACUCGGUCCGGGCUGUGUGGCAUCUCGGGAUCUCCCCUGAAGAUACCCAGCUGGCCAUCCAGAAAAUGCAAUAUGUUGUGUCUCAGUACUCAAAGGAGAAACUCUUUAGUUCAGCAAGUGUCUAAUCCACAGGGACAUAUUUUAUGGGAGAGGUGCUGCACAGUAUGAAUGAACAAACGUUUCACCAACAUGACCAUCACAGUCAAAUUAAUUGUUUUUUAAAUAUCUCGUUAUUAAACAAACAAUGCAGUAAACACACUUAAAUAAUCAAUAUCAAAAGGAGAUAACAAUUCCCCCAUGUAUCUACACAAACACUGUAGAUACAUUCCUUCAUGUUAACAACAGCCCAUAGUCAUUUUUGUCUCUUAGUUAUUCAAGUUCAUUUGAAUGUUUAGAUUUUUCAAAAUAUACUGUCUUUUCUUUAAAAUGUUCACAUCUUUUUCUAAAUCCGUAACAACUAUUCAUCAAUAAGAAACAAUACCAGUCAAUCAAGAUCAAUUUUAGGUUGAGCAACACUUUCUUUAUCUAAAACAUCUGCGAGGGUCCUUCACCUGUUGUAUAGGGAUAUUUGAAGGUUGUGCGUCUACAGUUUGCUUUCUUUAACUUCUGCGUUCUGCACAAAGAUUUGUAUCGAAGGAUAUACAUUCCAAAUGUCCAAAUGUACAGUGCUCAAAAAAAACACUUUGAAAACACAUCAGAUCUCAUUAUGAAAAAAAGUAUGUUGGAGAUUUAUACUGAUAUGGACAGCUUAAUUGUCUUAGGAACAAAAGGAUGCCACAUCUUUGAUGGAAAUAAAAGUUUUCAGCCUAUAGACAGCUCCUAAUGAGACAACGGAUGGUGUCUUGUGGGAUAUCCUCCCAGAUCUGUCUAAGGGCAUCAGUGAGCUCCUCUAAAGUCUGAGGAGCAACCUGGCGGCGUCUGAUGGACCGAAACAUAAUGUCCCAGAGGUGUUCUAUCGGGUUUAGGUCAGGUGAUAGUGAGGGCCAUUCAAUUGCAUCAAUUUCUUCAUCCUCCAGGUACUGCCUGCAUACCCUUGCCACAUGAGGCCGGGCAUUAUCGUGCAUAAGGAGGAACCCAGGACCUACUGCACCAGCGUAGGGUCUGACCAUGGGUUCAAGGAUUUCAUCCCGACAGCUAAUGGCAGUAAAACUGCCGUUCUCUAGCCUGUAGAGGUCUGUGCGUCCCUCCAUGGCUAUGCCUCCCCAGACCAUCACUGACCCACCACCAAACCGGUCAUGCUGACGAUGUUGCAGGCAGCAUAGCGUUAUCCUUGGCUUCUCCAGACCCUUUCACGUCUAUCACAGGUGCUCAGGGUGAACCUGCUCUCAUCUGUGAAAAGCACAGGGAGCCAGUGGCGGACAUGCCAAUUCUGGUGUUCUAUAGCAAAUGCCAAUCGAGCCCCACGGUGCUGGGCAGUGAGGACAGGGCACACUACAGGACGUCGCGCCCUGAGGCCAACCUCAUGAAGUCUGUUUCUGACUGUUUGGGCAGAGACAUUCAACCCAGUGGCCUGCUGGAGGUCAUUUUGUAGGGCUCGGGCAGUGCUCAACCUGUUCCUCCUUGCACAAAGCAGCAGAUAUUGGUCCUGCUGAUGGGUUGAGGACCUUCUACGGCCCUGUCCAGCUCUCCUAGAGUAACUGCCUGUCUCCUGGAAUCUCCUCCAUGUUCUGGAGAUUAUGCUGGGAGACACAUCAAAUCUCCUUGCAACGGCACGCAUGGAUGUGCCAUCUUGGAGGAGUUGGACAAUCUGUGCAACUGCUGUAGGGUUAAGAAAUCGCCUGAUGCUCCCAGUAGAGAUAAUGACUCUAGCUUAAACCAACACUAAUGGAAAACCAGUCGAAGUGAUCAAGAGGGAGAAACUUGAAAUGGCCUCCACAUGCAAAACCACUCCUGUUUUGGGGGUCGUCUCAUUGUUGCCCCUCUAGUGCACCUGUUGUUAAUUCCAUCAACACUAAUGCAGCUAAAACUGAUUAACAACCCCCUCUGCUACUUAACUGACCAGAUAAUUAUCAAAAAAGUGCAAUUGAAUUCAUGCCAUACCCUGUGGCAAAGUCAAGUGUGUGAGUAUAUGAAUGACCCUUUGGUGAAAUACUGAAGUUUGCUCAGUCUUGCUUUGUAUGAUUUUAUCAGAGAACAAGCACAGAUAUACUGAUGACACACUGCUGUUUAUCGUCUUUGGAGCCAAGUUAACUGCUGGUUAGGCUGCAGUAAAACAGUUGUUUCACAAUUUGUAUCAGUUGAUCCAAAACUUGUUCAUACAUGUUAAUAGUUUAAAAUACUGACGUAGAACAUCCCAGGAGUUUCUGUCCUGCAUCACUGAUGCCCUGUGUGUUUUACUUGUUGCAAACAAUCACACAAUCAGGAAAAUGGGCAGCUCUGCCUUUUUUAAACCAUCCACCAAAACCAUGUAAUUCCACACAAAAGAUAAGAGAUGCAGGCUACGUGACCAUUUUAACCAACCUUCCCCUUUGUUUAUUAUUAUUAUAUAUGUCUUAUGUUACUUCUACCUAUCACAUAUUCACUUGUAUUCACCCAUUGAUAUUUGCCCAGAAUGUGCCCAGAUUAUUCUUUCCUAUCUGUACACUGUGAAUAUUUGUUUGGUUAGAUAUUUUUUCUAUUUUUUUUUCUAUUUUUCAAACUUAAGUGUUACUAAUUAAAUGCUGAUGCCUUUUUGACUCUUGAUUCUGUAAU